GGCAUCUUGUCAACAGUAGUUUGGAAGUGUUGCUCAUAUGUGUAGUGUGCGAUAUUUGUAGCGAAUAAGUGAUGGUACUGUCCUCCUCGCAGCAGGUCGUGAUGGCGUUCACCGCCGUUCUCCUGGUGUUCGUGUUGUUUCCGCGUAUGUUCGGAAGCGGCAGCCGGGAGAGUCAGUCAUUCGACCCGCGGAUCAGCAGGAAAGGUCCUGGUCCGAGUCUCGGUCCUGGCAGCAUGAAGAGUCAGCAGCAAGUCCACAUGAAUGGAGCACCACCCAAAUCUCAGAAUGGGGAGAACAUGCAUCAGAUGAAGAAACUGAUGGAGCAAGAGUUGAAGAGUGAAAAAUUCAAAUCCAACAGCAACAAGGGCUACGUCUUCACGCUCAUGCCCAUAUACGCCAUCGGUGUCGGACUUUUCGCUGCUUAUAAGUUCCUGAAGAUAAAGUCUGCGAGUGACUCUGAAGCUCAGAAAGCAAAAACAGCUCGAGGAGUGAAGAAAUCCGAGGAGACAGAGAAUCAACUGAAUGAGUUGGAGCUGAGGCUAGCUCAGACAGAGAAGAUGCUCAACUCUAUUCUGACUCAACUGGACCCGCUCACAAACUGUGUGAAGUCUGUUGCCAUGGAGCAGAAGAACGAGAUCAUGUCGCAGCUGCAGUGUAUCCGGCAGCUAAUGAAGAAGAGAGGCAUGGAGUGUCCAAACAUCAGGAUAGAAGAGCCAGCAUGCCAACGCAAUCUCGACAAACUCAUCGAGACUUUGGCUGCCGCUGAAGAGCUCCCAGAAACGGUGCUGGAAUCUCAAACGGAUAAUGAAACAAAGUCACAUAAUCACAAACCUCUCCAACCUGACUCCGAGGAAGAGCAGGAGCACGCCGAGGAAGAGGCUGAUAAUGAGAGUGACUCUAGUAUGCCCUCCCUCGAGGACACCGCUGACGUCAGUGAUGAUGUCACUGUCGCUCAGAAAGUUCCCGACGAUCUGACUGGAGGGUUGCGACGACGCAACAGGCCCGAGUAACUGUAACGAGAAUCGGAUGUACUUUUUUUUAUGUAUAUAUAUAUUUAUUUAUGUAAUGAUGUGAUGAAACCGUUGACAAUAUUCACUGGUUGUACUCCAGUGUUUGUGCAUUAAAUAUUUAGCAUCUACAUAUUUGACUGUGAGGUACUGAUGUCCCAAAGAAAAAGAAGAUGUUUGUCUUGGUAAUCUUUCAUCCUGAAACAGCUGUUUUAAAACCAUAUGAGCCAAUAGCCAAAUAGUUAUUGAGGCGUUGAGUUUCGUGUGUUUUAAACACAGAAAUGCUAAACAUUUCGGAGGUAAAAUGGGUGUUUACUGAAUGUCUGUAUGCUUCGUGUGGUCGAUAUCAUGUGGAUUUCCCUCUGUAUUUCUGUGACGGUUUGCUCAAGGCCGCAGGAAUGUUUACAAGGCAGCUAGUGAUUUAGUUUUUUGCAUAUUUCAUUUGCAUGUUUGUCGUGGUCUAUGCAGGAAAAUGUACACUUAAUGUUGCAUGUGAAUGACAAUCAUGUGUGCAAAACCUUUCGAUUGUGAGGACCUUAAAUAGGACAUUUUUGGCAUUUCUUAAGAGUUCUCUAUUCUGUGUACAAGUCUGUUUGAUGAUGAAUUUUCCCGAACGGUUUGGCCUUGGGACAGCUUUCCUAUUUAGGCUUUUAAGUGCAUUUUUAAGUUUGAAUUAUGCACACAUGAACACAUCUUAGAAAACGUUCAUGCCCGCCUUUGCUGUCUGUGCCAGCUUUUAAAAACAUUUCUAAAAAGCUACUUUUAAAAGCCUCAUAUUUUAUGAAUACAUUUAGCAUCUGUUUAUUUAGAAGUUGGAUAUUUUAGUCCCAGAUUAGCUCUUACGGUGCAUGUUUUUUCAUUUGUUUGCUAAGUGUAUUUCUUUUUUCUUUGAGAGCGAUGAAGUCAUUUAUUGAGUUUAUUUAGGAAAGAAAAGAGAAAUGUUUUGUUGCCAGUCUGAGUGGAUUCCUAAAUCAAGACUUUCAGAAAUAAACGCUGAAUACAGCUACACCAUUCACUCAUAUUUUUAAUUGUUCAAACUUGACAGUCGCUGCUUUUUCGGAUGACGAAGUCAUUAUUUUUAUAUAUCAGACAUUUUGAGAAUUCUGUUGCGUGGCUUUUGAAUCAUGUGAUACUUUGACCUUUAUUUUGUAUCUGCAGGUCACUGUAUAUGAUUGGCAUGUGAUAAUACACUGUGUACUUCCUGUGCUCAUUAUUGUUUGCCUUGUGUGUGAUGUAGCGUGUAGUCUAGCAGAUAAAUAUAUAUAUAUAUAUAUAUUUAUUAUGAAGAACUGUUUAGAGCCUUAAAUAUUAAAUAUGUGUUGUC